AGUAUCAUUAAUCGUUUACAUGUCUUCAAUAAAAAAACAUUUCAGCAGCUGGCAGAGAAGCCAAAGGUGUAUCGGUUUAAUCUCUGCAAAGAGACAAAGAUGCAAUCCAAAUGUUGUCGUUGGGCGAUCAACAAUAAAGUCAGUCAGGUGAGAUAGAAACUGUUGUGACAAGAAUGUUUGUUUCAAUAGGCAGAGACAUGUCUCUGGCAGAGAGACUUAAACCGCCGUUAAACCACAAGAAGAAGACAAAGAAGAAGAAGAAGAAGAAGACGAAGAAGAAGACGAAGAAGAAGACGAAGAAGAAGACUUAGUUGCACCAACCACAUGGACAGGCCUGCUGUUCUCCUCCUGCAGUGAGCGUUGAAGGAGUGUUGGUGCUGCCCCCCAGUGGUGAUAAUGCGCCACUUCACGGCGCUGCAGAAGCGGACACGUGGGCUGGAAACACUGAUGGAUCAACCCCACAGACGAGCUGUGGAAGCAGUUUCAUUCAAUGUCAAAAAAUAGCCCCUGAGGAUGUAAUAAUAUUAAUAGUGAUAAUCAUAACAAUAACAAAUACUUGCGUAGAACAAAUAAACAAGCAAACAAAUAAAUAAACAACUUAUUUGAUGUGAAUAGCACUUUUCAAAGCUGCACAAAAAAGUUAAAGUUAUUGUAGGACUCGAUGGUUUGGAAACAAACAUCGAAGACUUCAAAGAUCACGAGACCGAAGCAAGUUUUGGAGCAAGCCAUAGCUUUACCCGAAACUCACCUGUUCCCCAUCGACAUAACUAUACUCAAUUAUACUUUUCAAAAUCUUUAUUGACAAGAAAUCACACACAUACAACAUCCGAGCCAGCUAGGGAAUCCAUAAAUAAUCUAAACUGAAAUAAACACUUUGGUGGAAAUACUCCUCUUGGUAGACUAUAAAACAUGAAUCCACAAAGAGCAUCAUUUAGAAUUUUAUUCCAAUCUUAAGGUUCCCGUUUGCAAACCUUGCCGUGCUGGGAAGAGUCACUUUGCAGGAGGCAGCGAUGACGCAGAGUUGGCUGCCCCGUUGAGUCGUUACAUGAAUCCAUUGAGAUUAAGAGCAAUUCGUUUCAUCAUCCCUUAUAAAAAGCACACAUGCAGAUAAGUUUCUUCUUCUUUUUUUUUUUAUUGUAACCGUCUCGGCGCAAUGAGGAAAACACUUAAUCAUUUUUAUGUUCCUCCUUUUCGGUCCCUCGUGAUCUCGGAGCAGAGAGGGGAGAGAAAGGAGACGAGGGAUUAGGAGAUAGAGAAAGGACAGAUAAGAAACAGACCAGGAAAGAACAUAAACAAAAACAAAAAGACGGUUGUCAUCAUCCAGGUCGUUGGGUACCAAGAGCUGAUAUCUUCCCACCCUGAUACAUCCCCCUUCAACGAGAAUUAUGAAAAGCACAAAUACUACGGUCUGUUAGAUGUUGAAUGAAACAAAACAGAAAAUUAGGAGAACUAAUAAGCUUUGUUUGACCUGAGCCAACUCCUCUUGCAACCUUUCUCCCCAGCCUUAUCACCUGGUGAGAUAGUCCCUGAUACCCGGUGAGAUCGCUCUCAUCUAAACGCGUGACCUUUAACCUCAUUACAUAAGUUUAUUUCUGGGAGGUCCAUGGGUGUCUGCAUCUUUACCUGACCUCGGCUGCUCCGUCAGUUCCUCUGAUGGUACAGCGUGUCGGUGCCACUCCUGCCAUCGCUGCUGCUGAUGCUGCUGCUGCUGCUGCUGCUGCCGCCACCACCACCGGGACUCAAGCUGCACAUACCAGCACUCGCACACCAUCACAGAGACAGAAGGAGAACAGGCUGCCAAGGCAGACAGACGGACGUAGAGAGUGGCGGAGGAGAGCGCACACCACCAUGGACUGCUGUAACAUGAGGUGCGGGCUGAUAGCCGGAGCUGUGUUCGGGGCGGUGGUAGCCAUCCUGGGUGGCGUCCUCAUCCCAGUGGGGAACAGCAUCAUUAAGGGGACAGUCGAGAAGGAAGCCGUCAUUGAGCCCGGAACGACAGCGUAUGACAACUUUGUUGCUGCGGGAGCAGGGGUGUACAGGCAGUUCUGGUUCUUCGACGUGCAAAACGCCCAGGAGGUUGUGCAAAACGGAACGACUCCAGUGGUGGUGGAAAAAGGACCGUACACAUACAAGACAAGGUAUUUCCCCAAAGACAACAUCACGUUCAACACCAAUGAUACGGUCUCCUUCCUGCUGCCCGUGGGCGCCAUCUUUGAGCCGUCCAUGUCAGUGGGACCGGAGGAGGACAAAGUCACCUCCCUCAACCUGGCUGUGGCUGCAGUUUACUCACUGGUUCCAAAAGUGCUUCAUGCUGUGCUGGAGAAUCUGAUAAAGACCAGCAACUCCUCCUUGUUCCAGCACCGUACAGUCAAGGAAUUGCUGUGGGGUUACGACGACCCCAUGUUGAAAGCAAAGCUGGGCCUAUUUUACCCUUACAACGGUACAUAUGAAGGCGUCUUCAAUGUCUACACUGGAAAGGAGGACAUGUCCAAAGUGGGAAUAAUUGACAGGUGGCGAGGAGAGAGGAGCCUUCGUUUCUGGGACGACCCAUACUGUGACAUGAUCAACGGGACAGAUGCUUCUUCCUUCGCUCCCUUUGUGGACAAGAGCACGCCGCUCUAUUUCUUCUCAGCAGACAUCUGCAGGUCUGUGUCCGCUGGCUUUGAGGAGAGCAAGGAUCUGAAAGGGAUUGAAGUGUAUCGCUACACCCUCCAGGAAAACACCCUGGCCUCCCCUACGAUCAACCCAGAUAACCGAUGUUUCUGCAGAGACCCAACGACCACCAAGAAUUGCAGCCUGGCCGGAGUCCUGGACAUCAGCUCCUGUCAAAAUGGAAGACCCAUCUUUAUCUCUCUGCCCCACUUCCUCUAUGGCAGUCCGUCCCUACAAGAUGGGGUGAAGGGCCUCAAUCCCAUUAGGGAUCAGCAUUACACCUUCCUGGACGUGGAACCUACAACCGGGUUUACCUUGAGGUUUGCCAAGAGAAUUCAAGUGAAUAUGAUGUAUGGACCAUCAAAUGUCAUCACGGUGCUUAAGAAAGUCAAGGAUUACACCAUAUUCCCUCUUGUUUGGAUGAACGAGACGGCUGCGUUGGAUGACGCAACGGCGGACAGGAUUAAGGAGGAGCUGGUGUCCCGUAUCCAGAUGUUGGAGAUAGUCUGGAAAACCCUGCUGGCCUCAGGUGUGGCCAUCUUCGGGGUGUGUUCCAUCUCCUACUGUAUGACGAGGAGAAGCCAAAGCAAGUUGGUGUGAACGGAUGAUGCAGCGGCGUCUGUCGAGCGUGAGCUGCAGAGCACAGUGCAAUUCAAGCUGCUACGGGACAUCAAACCUUUUGAUAUAGAGUUGCACCUUUUUUUUUUUUUCAAAUGUCAGUGUUAUUUAUAAAAUCCUACUUCCUUUGACUACCAGGGGGAAGAAUACUGUGAUUUAGUAAAGCUCAAGAGCUUUUGCUGCGUAUUAUUUCAAAUUGCAAACACUGUAACAAUAACUCAAUCAGGGAUCUCUGGAGGGAGAGCAGACGGAGAAUCCUCUAAACUGUCCGCUUAUUAAACUGCACAGAGGAGAGAUGGUUUUUUUCGACAUCCUAUAAAAGAAAUGUACAUGACUCUAAUCUUGCGCAAAUGUUUGUAUGCUUUGCUGAACAGGUGUCUUCGAAAAUGAAUAAAAGCUGAAAGGGA